CACGCAUGUGCAGUGAACCCGGAUGUAUCAGGACUUGUUUGAAUAAAGAACAAAAGCAUCGGGAUGAAAAUGCAUGAUCGAGAGACUAUUAUUAGAAAGUAAAGGAAUCUGGUUCCGGUACGGAUAAAGUACCCGCGCUCGUUUUAGAUGAUUGAUUACAGUUACUCACUCGUUGGAGUUUUAAUAUUUUAAUGCAUUUGCUUUUAGUCAUAUAAACGCGGUACCAGACCAAUGCGUGAACAUACUUGCAGCAGUCUAUAAAUAUAACACUGUAGCUUUAUUUGUAGUGCUGCAAUGCAUUUGAUUCACGUCUACGGUAAAAAGUAUGAACGUGGCAGCAACUGGUCCGAACCAGAGGUGCUGGAGCUGCUGCAGAUCUGGUCGGACGUGCCGGUCCAAACCGAGCUAGUGACCUGCCUCAGAAACCAGCAUGUGUUCAACCGAAUCGCCAGCACUCUGCGGCAGAAGGGCAUCAAUCGGACCGGGGAUCAAUGCAGGGAGAAGAUCAAAAAGUUGAAGCUGGAGUACAAGCAGAAGACUUUGAGAUCCGCGAGGUAUUACGAGCUGAUGGAAAGGGCGCAGAGCAACCGAUCCGCCGCAACCUCCGGUUCGACUUUGCCUUUAUGGGGCGGUACGGUGACGAACCAGGCAACCGGACUGCAGGGGUCAGAGGCGCCGGGUCACCCGCCCAGAGUAGGUGAAAUGUUGGAGAUCAAGACGGAGGUGAUGAGCUCCGAUGAUGAAGCGGCGGGCCCGCCUGAGAUGAUCUAUGAGUUCGGACCUGUUGAUGAGGAUGAUGAAGGCGCUGCUGAACACAAACAUGCGGGUCCAAACACAGAGGAGAACACUGAGAUGGACGGAGAGCAGGGAAACACACAUGUCAUCUGUUCCCCAUCAGAUUGCAGUGACCAGAACAUGACUGGCUCCUCCGGUGCGGGAGUAUCCCCGGCAACAGCUCCCAUGGCAAUGAGAGAAGGAGGUAGCCAUGGCGACCAAGAAGGGGGUUCCGGAUCAUUCCAUCAGAGGAAGCGUCGCCGAGUGGGACGUGGGGGCGAAGGGGUGUUAUCGAAUGCUCUGGCUGGGUAUCUAAGCUGGCAGCAGACAGCAGAAGAGCGUUUCUUGGCUCUGGAGGAGGCCCGGAUGCAGCAGGAGGCACGGGCUGAGGAGCGGAGGGAGCAGCAGGAGGAGAGACGAGCAAAGCAAGAGAGAGAUCAUGAGUUUCGUCUCAUGUCCAUGUUGACCAGAGUCCUGAGUUCAUCACGUGGGACAGAAGACCAGAGUGCCUCUACCAGCAGGGAAACGUUCCCAUUGCCCUGCACAUCACAAACCUUGUUCCCCUGUUUGUUACCCAACAGUGCCAAAACUGUACCCAGCAUGCGUUGGGGUGAUCAGACGGCCCAGUACAGCCCGUACCUGUCUCGCCGUGGCAACAGCAUGCGGCUGCACCAGGGAAUCCUGCAGGAAGGCUACAACCAGUAUCACGCCAACAAGCACGACGAGAAUUCAAACCCACAUGGCAUUAUAAACUUAGGAACCAGUGAAAACAAGCUGUGCUUUGACCUCCUGCAGAAAAGGCUGAUGCGACCUGACAUGCUUCACAUUGAACCUGCUUUCUUACAAUACCCCGAUUGGAAAGGCCACAGUGUCCUUCAAGAGGAAGUUGCUAAGUUCCUCUCAGACUACUGUCGUUCUCCCAAACCUCUAAAACCUGAGAAUGUUGUUGUUAUGAACGGUUGUGGGUCUGUGUUCUCGGCUUUGGCAGCUACGCUCUGUGACCCAGAAGAUGCCAUUCUUAUCCCGUCGCCCUUCUAUGGUGUGAUUACGGAGGAUGUGGGCUUGUACAGCACUGUCAAACUGCACCAUGUGCCACUUUAUAGUCAGCCCACAGGAAGUGAUGUCAGACCAUUCCAGCUAACUGUCGAGAAAUUGGAGAACUCUCUUAAAGAGGCCAAGAAAGAGAGAUUGAACAUCAAGGCCCUUAUCCUGUUAAACCCCCACAAUCCACUGGGAGAGGUGUACUCGUCUGAAGAGUUGAUCAGCUUUCUACAGUUUGCCAAAAUGCACAAGCUUCAUGUGAUCGUGGAUGAGAUUUACAUGCUCUCCGUGUUCAAUGAGACAGACACGUUUUGCAGUGUUCUCAGCUUGGAUGGGUUGCCAGAUCCCCAGAGAACCCAUGUUAUGUGGGGCGUCAGUAAGGACUUUGCUAUGGCAGGAAUGCGACUUGGCAUGGUCUACUCGGAGAAUGGAGAGUUGGUUCAGGCCCUGGAUCAGCUGGACUGCUUCCACGGAGUCCCAGGACCCACACAGUACCAGAUGGCCCAGCUUCUCAGAGACAGAGACUGGCUGAAUAGUGAGUUCCUUCCGGAGAACAGACACAGGCUAAGAGAGGCUCACAGCUUCAUGAUAGAAGAGCUGAAGAAACUGGACAUACCUUUCUUGCACAGGUCUGCGGGUUUCUUCAUCUGGGCGGACUUGAGCAAGUAUCUAAAGGAGAAGACGUUUGCCGAGGAGCUGUCUCUGUGGAGGUGUUUCCUCAAGCACAAGGUUCUGCUGAGCUGCGGUCAGGCCUUCAGCUGUGUGUCUCCAGGCUGGUUCAGAAUCAUCUUCACUGAUCGACUGCACAAACUGCAGCAAGGUGUGCAGAGGAUUAAAAAUGCAUUAGAAGAACUUCAGGGCUCUUCAGUGCUUGAGACAAAGAGGACAACAAAUGACGAACAGGAUGACAGCCGUGGGACCGUGAGGAGGGAAGACACUAAGACAAUGGAUGAGUGCAAAGAGCAGACACACAAGACCUCAAGCGUUCAAACCAAACUUGACACAGUGUGCAUUAAGACAGAGCCCGUCUCACUGACUGAUGAAAACUUUACAAUUCUUAAUGGCCAAUCUGACAUGCACUCAGAGAGUCUGGACUCUUUGAUUGGUACUCUGCGACAGCAGAUCCACGUGUCUGAUUGGCUGGAGAAGCACAAGUUGGCUGCUGGACAGGACCCAACACAAUUGGAUGUUUUCACAGACCUGCUCGAUAAAGCCAGGAAAUAGAGUAACAGUUGGUAGAAACAAGUUUGUGCAACGCAACUGUCAAUACAAAUACUUUUUUUAAUGAAUGAUACUUUCACCUCAUGUACAGUUUAGAGGCAAAGUCUGUAAUUGCAGAAACAGCACAACGGCGAUCCUUGUAAUUAGAGAUUGAAACAAUUAUGGAGAGUCACCACAGCAGUAUAUGAAAAUGUUGUUAUUGUUGGAUGUUUUUACUCUUUAAUUAUUACCCUGGCUGUCACAGUAAUUGGAGACUGCCCCUUUAAUUGCACUCAUAUCAAAUUCUAAGCAUCCAACCUAUUGUCUUUGAGUUGUUUUA